AUGGUUGCUAACUUCUAUGAUGUUCAUUUUGCUAGCAAGCAGUUCCACAGUUCGGCAGCAAUGUUUCGAGGAUCAAGAAAAAAGUUUGGGAGAGACAGAACUAGCCUGUCUAUGCGACUGAGCAGGUCACAACGAUCGAUGCGGUCGACGCGCACUAUGUCCUUGGCAGAAGAUGUUACGAUAACGGAUAAAAGCUCCAAAUCAGCUGUCAAAACCGCAACGCCAGGAACUAAAAGCGCAUCAAAGGAAAAAGUAUUAGUAUACCGCUUUGUGCGGAGAAUAAUGGAAAAAGGGGCACGUGGACUACGAACAGAAUUCCUAUCCAUGAAGAGAGUGAACAACUUGGCACUUAUGCGAAAAUUUGUGCAAAUGAAUCCUAAAGGAAAGAAUCGGUACAAGGAUGUCGGCUGCUUAGAUGCGUCCAGAGUGAAACUGUUAAACUGUCCCGAGGAUGAGGAUUAUGUGCACGCCAAUUACGUGUCAACGCCUACUUGCUCGCGGAGGUUUAUUUGUACACAAGCUCCACUGGAAAAGACAUGUAAAGAUUUCUGGUUAAUGUGCAUACAAGAUCGAGUAGAAUUUAUUGUAAUGCUUUGCAACUUCUUCGAGAAGGGGGCAAGAAAAUGUUUUCCAUAUUAUCCAACUCAGGGCUCAUUACAAUUUGAUGAUAUAACAGUAACAUAUAUGGGUUCCACUAUGGUGAGAUUUCUAUGUACCACCAAUGCUCAAGUUCGGAUUACGGCACUUGCGGUGGAAAGAAAUGGAAGAAGGUACAAAACGAAACACCUUCAAUGGAUAGAUUGGCCAGAUCGUGGGGUACCACCCGCAGAUUCUGCUAUAAUUCAAGUUCUUGAUAUAAUAAAGAGCACGCAAGCUCCCAUUGUCGUACACUGUUCCGCUGGCGUAGGAAGAACUGGAUCAUUUGUAAUGAUACAACAUAUUCUAGAAUCACUUUCGCUCAAUCAACCGAUAGAGGAAAGCGAUAAGUUAUUGCUCAAGUUGAGAUCUCAAAGAGCAAACACUAUUCAGACGGACCAACAGUAUUUAUUCGUUCAUCAAGUGCUUUUGAAUUACUUCCAAGAGAGUCAGCUACUUGACGCCAGGUGGAAACCAUAUCUAGAUAAUUUCACAAGAGACUACAACCGACUGGUGUUCUAAUAAGCCUUGUGUUCACCUAUGACCUAAAGCGAUUUGGUUUUAAAUGCACUGAAAGCAAUGUCAAUUUCAUCGGAUU